CACGAUACGUUUCCUGGUUAUAGUCUAUGGAAACGAGGUCGAUGUUUCCUAAAGGCGUCUUUCGGGGAGAGCGGCGCAGCGGUGAAAAGUGUGUGAGGGCUGAGACGUUCGUUGUCUGCUGCAAAGCCGGUCCGCGCGGCAGACUAGGACUCCUUCUCGAGGAGGCGCGAGGAAGCGCCAGCAGUGACUGAGCUGGACUGGACUGUGGCAUUCCGUGGCGGAGGAGGUGGGAGAUCCGGGGAGAUGGAGGAUGGUGGUAUACGGCACCUCGGCCAUGAGUGCAGGGUGGACAUGUUGAGGGAGGAGGAGGAGGGACUGACCAGAGGAGACGGGCUGACAGCAGGAGGACCGACCGGAGCUGGUGUUGUCCUGGAUCCCAAGCUGCCUCACGUGGAGUUCAGCCUUGAGUGCUUGAAUCUGAUUGGUUGCGGCAGAGAUAGGAAGCCUAAUGCUCUGAUCCAGGUGGCUGUCAUCGACCCCCGGGAACAAUACUUGGUCUCCCACACCUGCACGGAAAUAGUAGAGGGCAGAGGCAAGCAGGAGACCCCGCUGUUCCUGACCGGGGUGACCUUCCCUCCAGAGUACUCUGCCAGCCCAGAGACUCUGGUCAAGCUCAACCGUCUUACGAUGUGA